GAAUUUCCCCCACAACUUGAAUUUUCCAUUUUCCCAAUCAUUCCCUCUAAAAUGUUUACACUAAAAACCAUUCUAAAAUGUUCCAAUUACCAAAUUAUCCGAUCAUCAUUAGCAAGGCAAUGGCACAAACAACCGAUUCCAGUGGCAUGGACGAGGCCCGAAAUUGGAUGGACAAAGCUGAAUUUCGAUGGGUCUUCAAAAGGGAAAAAAACACCCGGACGGGCCAGCAUUGGGGGCGUUUUAAGAGACCACGACGCCCAGUUUUUGCUAGGAUAUGCGGAGCCCAUAGGCCGAGCCAAUAGCACCAUGGCUGAACUCACAGCACUGACCAAAGGCCUAGAAUUGGUGCUUGAAAAUGGUUGGAAAGACGUUUGGGUUGAAGGAGAUGCCAAGGGAUUGGUGGAAAUUAUAGUUGAAAAUAAAGAGGUUAAAUGUGUGGAAGCUCGAAGUCAUUUUAGAUUUGCUUCCAUUGGCCAUCGUUAUAAGAAGCUUGAAAUUUGGAGGGAAAUUCCACCAUUGGAGAUUUUGGAUAUGAUGCGUCAAGAUGCUGAGGGAAAGAUUACAUUUAGGAGAAUAAAUACAAGGAACACAUCAGAAAAAAAAAUGUGCAAUGCAUUCUCCAUACCUGGUGUGACUCCCGAAGGAACUAGAUUAUAUCUCUUCCCAUACACACUGCGGGAUGAGGCAAGGAGGUGAACAAUGUCCUUGAUGGCAUUGUGCAGGCAUGCUUGACCCCCUGCAAGGGAUGAUAUUGCGGUAACUAUAAAAAACUUCUUUCAAUCAGCAUCUCUAUAUCUAUGUUUAUUUGCUUUCUUUACAGCUUUCAUUUACUGUUUUCUAAAUUGCGUUAUUUACUGCUUAUUAGAAUUAGCCUUUAAUGCUUUCUGUAUUUGCCUUCAAUUUAAUUCAUUUGCGUAUUUCCAUGUCAUGUUUAAUAUGCAUUAGUAGCGCUGUUCUUAAAAUUUCUGUGAAUGAGUGAAUAAAAUGAUGAACACCGCAACGUCUUCUUGACUUGCGUUAUUGAUGAAUUAAACAGAAAAAAUAAAAAAUUUGGUAUGCAACGCGAUGAUGGGUGCAUUUCAUGAUAACAGAUACACUUUG